AUCACGUUGUGUCUGACCCUCGGAGUCUGUGAUGGGCCGGUGUGGAACGCUUUGAAUCAGAGUGUAAAAAUGCUGUUUCGCCGCAUCGCCUGCUGGAAAAUAGGAACAAGGGGCUGCCUCUGAUAUCGGUCACAUCCCCUCGCUGAGCUCAGAGACGCCGAGAAUCGGAGACAGCAUGGAGGACAGCCAGACUUAUGCGAAUGUUCAGCUCGUCAAACCAGACUCACGGUUUCCAACGAGAACUGAACCUGAUGUAUCGUACGCAGAACCGAAUAUCAAAUGCCUCUCCGUUCCCCGGACAGAUGAAGACCGGCUGACCUCCACCUACUCAGAGCUGAACUUUGGGAAAGACGAAACCCUCAUCGAUGAGGAUGAGGAUCCCCCCGUUGCCUCGGGACCCGGCGAACUGCGAGUCACUGCACGAACAGACGGUGUCACAUCCACCUACUCAAUGCUGAACCUUCGGAAAGACGAAAUUCUCAUCGAUGAUUAUGAAGAUCCUCCCAUUACCUCGGCACCCGCCGAAAUGCCAGUGACUGCACAAGGAGGUGCGCACGAACAGGAACCAAAAGAGAACAUCGGAAAUAGACCGCACCGUAAGAUCUACCUACUCUGCCUAGUUACGUCCAGCCUUGUCGUGAUUGUGGCCGGGCUCUCGAUCCAUGUAUCACAGAUUCGUCAGUCUAUGAUCACCUCUGACCGAAACCAUCGUGAGUUAACUUCCCACCUGAAUCUCUCUCAGAGAACCUGUCUCAAGAAUCUAUCUGCGCUCAACUCAGAGCUGAUCGAUCUUAACCGAACGCACGCUGAUCUCCGUCACCAGUUCACUGAGAUGCAAACGAAGUACAGAUCUGUCAACGAAACCAAAGCUCAGAUCUGUGAAUUGUUGACCAGCAGAAGAGAGCAUACCUGUUCCAAGGACUGGAUCACAAAUAAAGACCGGUGUUAUUACGUAUCCACGUUUGAAACAUCUUUCUACACAGCGAUGCGAGAAUGUUCAAACCGUGAUGCAAGGCUGCUUGAAAUCAAUUCAAGAGAUGAAGCGAGCUUUGUAUCCCACAAACUUGUGCACCGAAACGGUGCAUACUGGAUUGGAAAAUGCGAAGACGGGAAUGUAGACUGGGAUCUCCUGUACAAGGUGUCCUCGGGGACGUCAGACUGCGGAGACUGCCGCUCGUAUCCAGGGAGGAAUUCUUGCAAUCGUGCUCGGCGUUUCAUCUGCGAGAAGUUGGCACCUUUGUUCCCGGAUAUUCCUGAAAAUAUUCAGGAUCUCUGUCAACAGCCAAUGGAGGCGACAGGAAUCAAGUGACAGACUGACCAACUCCCCCCUUCCCGUUCUCUCUGAACUCUCCAUCUCCCUGACUAUCUCUCUCUCCUCCCUGUCUCUCGUUUUCCUUUCCACCCUCUCUCACCUAAAUCUGUGCCGUCUGUGCUAGUGGGGCCGAUUUGAAUCAAGUAUCUACCCCUCUACUUCCCAAUUCUCUCUUCGUCAACUAUCGCUCCUCCAUCCUCUCAAACUCCCUCCUCACGCUCUCUGCCCCUUCCUCCUACUCGAUUCUCCCCACCACACACCAACAGAUGUCAGUCCCCUUCGAUCCGCUUGUUUCUAGCCAUUCCAACCCCGUCCCGCACUUCUCCACUCCCUCUACCUUUCGGUCCGCCCCCUUUUGCCUCGCCCUUUCUCUGCUCGCUCUUUCUACUCUUCCUCUGCCAACUCUCUCUCACUUUCUCCCCCCCCCUACCGCUCUCUCUCCCUUCCCUCCCCGUUCUCUCGAAACCCUCCGUCUCCCUUAUCUCUCUCUCUCGUUCUCCUUUCCACCCACUCUCACCUCAAUCCUGUGCCGUCUGGUUCUCGAUCACCCAACCCUGAUUACAAGACUAUGCCUAUUCCCUCUGUCUGUGCCCCUCGUGUUUAUGGAACUCUGUAAAUUUACAACUACGUUCCCGUGAAUAAAGUCCCAGCCUUCCCUUCAUCUCUCCAGUCCUCCAAAUUCCGGAAAUAUCCCAGUAGAUCUCCCUGUACACUCUACCCAGUUCAAUAGCAUUUUCCUAAAUCAAAGCGGCCUCCCCCACGUUUUGUACCACUGGAAAGUGAUUUCCGAACUCCCCAAAUCAGCGCCCUGACUGGUGAAGACCAGCGUGCCAGGUGUCCUGUCCAUCCGUAUCGGAUACUUUCCACCGGCAUCGCUAUUUGAUUUAUUAUCUGAAACAUUUACAGCCUGGAAUAUGUUCUUUUGCAGCAUCAGUAUCCCACAAAGAUGUACAAUUAAUGUCAAUUGCAAAUAUUAAUAAACACCGCAAAUAUGUCGAGUUAGUGUCCGAGCGUUCAAAGAUGGGAUGGCGCAGGGGCAGAAGCUGGUUCCUGAAUCGUUGUGUGUGGGUGUUUAGACUCAUGCGACUCCUCCCUGAUGGUAGUAACGAGCAGAGAGUUUCCCCGAGUGGGGAGGGUCCUCAGUGAUGGAGGCCGCCUUCUCAAGGCAUCGCCUCUUGAAAAUGUCCUCGAUAGUGGGGAGGGAUGUGCCCAUCAGAGUGGUGGCUGAGGCUGGAACCCUCUGUAUCCUGUUACUAUUCUGUGCGUUACAGCAUCCACUCCAGGCGGCGAUGCGGCUAGUCAGAAAGUUCUCCACCGAACAUCCGUAGAAUUUUCCUCAUCUUCAUUGAGACAGCACAUCCCCCCAAACUCCUAAAGCUGUGACUCCUCUGUAUCGAGACAGCUAUGGAUGGUGUUGAACCCAAAUGCAGAGAAGGUCUGUACUUAAUUCAGACUCAGACUCCAAGCAAACAAGACGUCACGAUCCCAAACCAAAGACGACAUCACAAGCAGUAGAGCUGGAGACGGAACUCUUACGGUAGAGCACUGAGUGUUCGGCUGGAGUCCUUUAACGAUAGACUUUCCAUGAAGGAAUGUGGCAUUGAACAAUUAUAUCUCUGAAUCGGAGAAGAAAAGUGACAGUUAACCGUACUCCGGGAAAUGGACGUGCGGAAACGUGGACGCCUGUCCUGUUCAGUCGGGCACAUGGCACCUUCUUUGUGUUUGCAUGAACAUGUUGGGCCACUAUAGAUCCACUGAGCUGCUGUCACCCAGUAACCGAUGAACUUCAAUUAAAACCAUACGACAUUGGAGU